AUGUCAAGUCAAGAUGCAUCCCCCUUUUCCGACGCGUCGAUUCGCCAGGCGCGUCGACAAUCUGGUGUCUUGACUCCAAGCUCACAGUCAAUUUGUCAAGAUGAUAUAGGAAGUUUGGGAGGUAAGAAACGGAAGAGAGAUGGCAAUUCUUUAGAGGACUUGCUUAAGGAUACUUUUGUUGUCAAGCCAUACCCGUCCAAAGUCAAUGUCAGACCUCGAACUCUUCAACCUAUAAUAUUAUUACCUCGGUCACAUCUACCGCUAUCACAUCUGGAUAUUGGAUCUGCAACCAACCCAUUGCGCCAAUCGCGACUCUUCGAGACUCAUGUUAAGAUAUUGGAAUUGGAGGAACGCAUGGGAAACCAACCAAUGGUUCUUAUAGCUAGAUUGGAUGACAAUCGGACCUUAUACGCAGUCGAGAGGGAAUCACGGGGACUAUACGUUGUUUUACAACUUGGUUCUUGGAUCAACAUACAUCAAUUGAAGGCUUCGGCUGUUGUAGCCCAGACCGAGCGCGCAGAUGUGCCGGUCAAGGGACUACUUUUGGGUUCAAAUGCUUUGGAAAUUUCGACUGCGCCAUUUAUCAUACCCGAAGGAAGCAAAUACAAUAAGAAAAAGAGACUCGCUAUCGAAGCGAUACAGUCUAUGAUCAAACGACCAUCUACUCCACUAUUACCAGAGUCUCAACCUCAAUCAGUUGCGCCUGAAUUAGCAGUCGUAUCCGAAGCUCAAAAUGACACUCAAACAACCGUUCCUCUGCCCGCCUUAGAGACGACAACACAAGCCACGGCUACUGAAAUAUUCGAUAACAUCAGAACUCAGUACAUCGAAUCACUAUAUCUUUCAAAAACCUCACUAGCCUAUUUCGCGAAAGGUCCAUUAUCACGAGCCCGCGCGGCAUUUCACCUCGAUUUCGACGCAACUCUCGAUAUGAACGAUCAUAUCGCAUUCCUAGAAACCCUUGUACUGUCUAGUACCCUCCUUGAUAAGAAGUAUCGCGAUGGUGUACCAGUCUGUGUCUCGGCAAUUGAUAUUCACGAUGAUAGUGCCGACGACGCGAUAGUCAAACCCAAGAGAAGGAAGGGCAAUAAGAAGAUGAAACCUGGUAAGAAUGGGCUUUAUCCAAACGAGGAAUCACUCAUUGGCAAAUGGUGGAUUGGCCAUGAUGAGGAGGUAGAGUCCGGGGCUCCAGGAUCAUCGAAAGACGAGAUAGCGAAGAGUCGCAUAGCCAAUUUACGUAUCCGAGAAACGCAACUUCAGAUGAUCGUGAUUCUUGAGAUUCUUGCCCUACAACCUCUAGUUUCGAUAAAUGAGAAUUUGGAGGAAGGUUUACCUAGUCUACCUAGCAAUGAUAUAAUACAAAGCAAGGAAAGGACGCCCAAAACUAGGAAAAAGGACCAUCUCACGAUGCUCAUUGAUAUUCAUAUUGAUCGACUAUGCAUUUGGCAAUCCAUUGCAAGUGAUGUUACCAAGGCUCCCGGUAUAGGGUCCGGCCCAACACACGCCAAUACUGCGAAGCAUACUGAUAAUAUCCUCAAGGAUUUCUGCAUAGAAGUUAUUGGCCCUUUCUUCUCGGCACGUCUCCCUGAUCGUUGUGAUGCCAUAAAUCGCAAACUUGGAGGGCCGAUUACCAAAUCUGCUUCAAAACCUAGACCUGCAAGCUUUUCAAAUACGCCUACUCGACCAGGUGCUGUCACCAAGCGGCCUGUUCUUGCAAAGCAAAGAAAAAGCCUGCAACGUGUGUUGACAGACGAUAGAGAGAGACGUAGCAUGUCAAUAGGAUCGAAUAGAGCCAUCUCCUUGAUGAGGUCUGCUACCGAUCCUACCAUCCCCGGUUUUAAAAGAGAGGCCAGUGAGGCACCAUCCUUGUCUAAUAUACCUCCCGCCGAGUUCAAGCUUCUUCAUGCUAAUAGGGGUGGUGUUUUGAACUCGAAAAGAUUCUCACAAAGAGAGGUUGAUAUGAGUACACUUGCGCCAGACCCCAAAUCCAAAGCAAAGAAACAAGCUGCCAUCGACGCAGAGUUAAAGGACGCAAUUUUGGCACUCAAGAAACCAAAUCGUGAGUUAGCUGGUAAAGCAUUGGCCGAGACUGCUGAACGAAGGUCCGCUUCGGCUGGACACCCUCGAAAGUCUAAAAAGCCUAUCAGAAAUCCUCUAUUCCAAGGAUUCCCAUCGGUACAGAUCAAAGCCACACCCAAGAGCAACCGUCAAAAAGAUAUGUUCGGUGAAUCUCAAUCAACUUUUAGUGGAUGGAGAAAUGUUGAAGAGAUGGACUUGGGUUUCAUUCCCCCAUCGAGUGUAUCCGCCAUCCCACAAUCGACAGUCCGUCCCUCAUGCGACCAGGACCCUUUUCGAAGUUCCGUACAAGCGACUCCCAGUCGCAAAUCCUUUUCUACUUCAACUAGACCUAUGAGUAACUUUGCCAACCGUGAUGCCGAUUACGGUGCAAUACCGCCUUCCUCGCCAUUACAAAUGCGUCGUUCCAGUGCACAAUUGUUCAACAGAAAUCCUAACUCCAUGGCAAAAAGACCUUCUAUCCCAGCUGUCCCACGAAUUUUGGAAACGCCAAUCAAAAGACCUUCAACCUCUACAUCGUAUACCCACAUAGAAGAAACGCCACUAAAGGAAACAUCAUUAAAAGAAACCCCUCUGGCACCUUUGGCACCUUUAAGGAACCUAUCAGAUUGGAAAUCAUGCCACAGCCAUCCUUCUGUCCCUUCUGGCCCUCCAAAUCAAGAUCAAGAGAAUAUCAGAGAUGUGCCAGUAGCACUCGACAAAAUGAAACCAACACAAGUCUACAAGAAAGAAGUCUCGUUUUAUGAGGCGUUGGGGUGGAAUGAUGAUGAUAUUGAUGAUUUGGCUUGA